AUGACGAGCACAUUUUUCUAUGAUGAUGAAAUGCUGCUUCUAAAACAAGAUAAUGAUGUCAGUGAAGGAAUGUUGCUUCAACAACAAGAUAAUGUUCAGCCUAUAAGUGUGGAUACCACUCAUUUAUGGUCGACCGAUCAGAUAUUUGAAACUAUUGAUGACCUUAAACAAUGGGCUAAGAAUGUUGGGAAGGACAAUGGAUAUGCGAUUGUGACUGGAAGGUCUGAUUAUUCCAGAAAAGGUGGAAAUAUGUAUAUUGUUCUGCGGUGCUCGAAGCAUGGUGUGUACAUCCCGUACAAGGACCCUAAGUCCUUCAAGUACAACUCCACCAGAUCACAAAAAUGUAAUUGUCCUUUUAAACUUAAAGGACGACCUACGGAGGGUGAUAGAAAUUGGUGGCUGAAAGUGUUGGAAGGGGUACACAACCAUGAACCAGCUAGAUCUUUGGUUGGCUAUUCCUAUGCUGGUCGACUAACAGAAGAAGAGAAGGUUCAAGUCGACAGCAUGAAUAACAAUUGGGUCCCACCGAGACACAUGUUGGCCACUUUGAAGGAAAAUAAUCCGGGUAACUUGUCUACCAUCACUCAAGUGUAUAAUCGCAUCAAAAAAGUUAAAGAAUUAGACCGUGGGCCACUUACAGAGAUGCAAUAUUUGCUGAAGAAGUUGGCAGAAGCCAACUAUGUUCACUUUGAAAGACAUGAAGAAGAUUCGGGUGUCAUUAUGGAACUUUUCUGGGCCCAUCCUAAUGCUAUUAAACUCUUCAACACAUUCCCUCACGUGGUAAUCAUGGAUUGCACAUACAAGACAAAAAAAUUUCAAAUUCCAUUGCUUGAAAUGGUUGGCCUCACUUCUACUGGUCUGACUUACUCCAUUGCAUUUUGCUACAUGACUCGUGAGCGCACACCUGACUAUGUUUGGGCCUUGGAGUGCAUGAAGUCUCUACUUGCUGACCCUGCCCGAUUACCUGGAGUGAUUGUGACUGAUAGGGAAUUGGAUUUACUCAGUGCUGUUCGGAAUAUUUUUCCUGAGGCUACCCAUUUACUAUGCCUAUUCCACAUAAACAAGAAUGUUGAGGCAAAGUGCAAAUUGUGGGUUGACACAACAUAUUUUAAAGCUUUAGUGAUGCAAAAGUGGAAUGAAGUGGUAUAUGCGGAAACAGCUACACAAUUUGAGGAGGAAUGA